UAAAAUAUUGCCUUAAUCAAACCAUAGUCCACGGCACGAGGCCCUCGUCCCGUUGUCCCUCCGCAGACCAAAUCCCAAUCCCAUCGCAUCCUAUCCUUCCUGUCCCGUAAUUUUUGCUCCCAGUCCCCCCCAACUGACCGUACCGUCCAACCACCGCCGCCGCCGCCGGUCCGCUGCUGCAGCUCAGCAUGGACCAGCCCCCACAGUUCACUGCCAAGCCGCCGCUGGUAGCUGUGGACAUGAUCAUCGACCAGAUGGCGGACACUCCCCAGCAGCGCCGCCCCCACCACCGCCGGGCACACUCCGACACCACCUUCCGCCACCUCGACGACGACCUCCUCCUCUUCGACCCCUCCGAUUUCGACCUCUCCUCCCUCGACCUCCUCCCCCCCGCCACCCCCACCCCGCCCCGCGUCCCCACCUCCCCGGCCCCCCACGACUCCUCCGACGACGGCUCCUCCUCAAACCAGACCCGCCCCUCCCAGCCCGUCGGCCACUUCCGGAGCCUGUCCGUGGACUCGGACUUCUUCGAGGGCCUGGGCUUGACUUUGACUGGAGGCGGGGAUGAGAAAUUCGGCGGCGGAAAGCAGCCUCCAACGCCGCAGGGAGAGAAGAGAUCUUACCACAGGCACAGCAACUCGAUGGAUGGAUCCUUGUCCUCCGCAACGGCGUUGUUUGAUGUGGAAUCCGAUGGGGCGAAGAAGGCCAUGGCGGCUGACAAACUGGCCGAGCUUGCCCUAAUUGACCCCAAGAGAGCUAAAAGGAUUCUUGCUAAUAGGCAGUCUGCAGCGCGCUCUAAGGAGAGGAAAAUACGGUACACUGGCGAGCUGGAGAGAAAAGUACAGACACUUCAGUCCGAGGCGACCACUCUCUCUGCCCAGGUCACGAUUCUGCAGAGAGAUACCACUGGGUUAACCGCUGAGAAUAAGGAACUCAAGCUGCGGUUACAGGCUAUGGAACAGCAGGCACAGCUUCGAGAUGCUCUUAACGAGAAAUUGAGGGAAGAAGUCCAGCGCCUCAAAAUAGCAGCUGCCCAACUUCCUGCUGUCAAUGGGAACCCAUUCGCUCGAGUCCCACCUCAAUUUCCAGCCACCCCGGGUCAGCCCUUACACAACUUGGCGGGCAACCCAAACAUGCCAACACAGCAGCAUUCUCCAUCUGGUGCGCAGCAAGGUCUGGACGGGCAGCCUCGCCCAAGUUUCUUGGACUUCAACAACAGGGCAUAAUGACAUACCCCUGAAACAAAAUUAGUUGAAUCUAAUUAGCAUGUACACCUCAGUGCAUUCGAUAGUAAAGGUACGGACUCGAACUUUAUCCAUUGUAUAUAGCAGUCGUGCUUGUUGUAUGUAUGGCUGAGAAAAGAAGGUUGUGCUCUUGAGCUACAUCGGUAAUAGUUGCAUAUGUGGGUUAACUUAGGAUGUAAUUAGGUCAAACGAACCGAAAUCUGUUCUAGAGCAAUUAGAUGCAGACCAAAAUUCCAAAAAUGUGAUGGGGGUCAUCAUGGGAUGUAACAUUAAUUAUUCUCUGAUUAUAUAGUAUGUGACUCAUCUAAAUAAGCUGCUUUUUCUCGUUACCUU